UCUUCUUCCCCGACCCCUUGCAACCCAAAAAAGGAAGCCAAGCCAUCGACGCCUCCCCUUGAAAAAAACAAACCGGUAAAGCUUGAUGAUUUUCCUUACUUUCUUGUUCAAGAACCAGAUUUAAGCUUGGAAAUCUUCCCCCCUCUGCAGAAAAAUCCCGGAUCUUCUCUGCUCUGUUUCUUCCAUCUGCUGCUUUGCUGUGUGGGAGUGAUUUGCUCCGGUUUCUGAUCCCGAAUUUCUCCCUGCACUUCCCGCCGGCCUUCCCCAAACUGCAGCUUCGGUUUUGCUUGCAAAAUUCUGGUUCUUGAUUAUUCUGUCACUCCAGCACUUGGAUUGAGUCCUUGGUUUAUGCGAUUUGAGAUUUUGUGGUAUCAAAUUGUGGUAUGAUAAAGUUCCGAGCCUUGUGCAUUUGUGGGACCCUCUCAGAAGUGUACAGCGUCUGCCACGUCCUUGGAUUUGGGUUUUGGGGCGUGACAUUAUACACCAAAAACACCCAAAAAUCACCAUUUUUAUUACAUUUUCUACACUUGCAGCACUGCAGAAUAUUUUCCAGACUUGUACAUGAUGGCUAGGAGGCAACAUGCUGCAGCUUCAAUUUUUGGGUUAUUUUCUUAAGCAUUAGAGGAUCAAGCUGAAGAGUUAGCAUCAAAAACGGGAUCAAGCCUUUCAUUCACAAGCCCCCACAAUGGUCACCUUUCCUUUUCCCAUCAUUACUUUCAAGUUUAUUAUUAUUAUUAUUAUUUUUUGUUAAAGCUUGAAGGAGAUCAUUGUGCUUUUUUUCUACAGCAUGAGGGUUGCUCAUUAUAGAGUACGAGUAUUUGUCAAGGAUAAUAGAGGGCACAUUCAUUGUUUUUACUAUAGUGAAACAACGAAGGGCUAGAAUAAUGCACAAGAUUUAUGUUUAAAAGGAUGCUACAUAUAUUAACAACUAUUAUGUUAAAAUCCUAUUUGGCAUUCAUUUUUCCCAAAAGUGUUGCCACCAUCAUUAUCAAUAUCACCACUAUCUUUGCUCCAGACAUCAACUCUCCAAAAAGUUUAAGGUUUGUGUAGGAAAUUAAAGCAAGGAAAAGAAAGAAAGAAAACUAAAAGAACAGCAUAAUGCUUUAUUAUUUUGUAAUAUGAAAUUGGGUGCAUAGGUAACUUUUAUAUAGAGCAUUAGGUAACUUAAUAAUCAAAAAACUUAAAAACUUUAAAUCAAUCUAGCAUAAUAACACUAAAACUUAUUACCACAAUUGACUCAAUUUAUAUAUAAUAUAAAUGUGAAAAUUGUGCAUUGUGAGUAAUAGUUGGAGAUCCCUUUUUCCUUUGAUAUCUUGUGUUUCCUUAGCUUAUUCUUUUUCCCUUCCAAUAUCUUCUAUUUUCUUUCUUAGCUAAUAGGUUGUUCCUUGAUUUGAUUCUUGUGAUUUUGCUUGUUCUAAUUAGGAUAUGCAUUUAACAUUUAAAAAUAUGUUGAAUUACUUGAAAAUUUUUUAAAAAAUACAAUCAUUUCAUGUUA